AUGCAACCUGAGGACCUCUGGUGGGCCGCGCGAAGGAUCUUCUUGGAGGACUCAGGGUACCGUCUCCGACCCAAAUUUCAUCCCGACUAUGAACCCGAUCCCAAUGCCUUCUGGUAUACAGAAAGAGAAACCCACAUACGCCCCACCAUAAUGGACGUUACUCGUAUCUCUGACGGGCGUCUAGUUAUGCUCAAGGCUGUUUCAACGCGUGUUCACCCACACGAAGUGGAGAUAGCCUGUCUUUUUUCGUCCCCGCCACUUUCUGAAGACCCAAGGAAUCAUUGCAUUCCAAUACUGGAGGUCCUUCAGGACCCCGAUGACGCCGACUUAAAAAUCAUCGUCAUGCCUCGUUUAAUCCGUAUGGCGCAACCUCUGUUUGAAACUGUGGGUGAGGUCGUCGACGCCUUUCGGCAGAUUUUCGAGGGGAUUGAAUUCAUGCACGAAAACUUUGUUGCUCACCGAGACUGUAGCAUGGGCAACAUCGUCCAAGACCCCACUCUGCUCUAUCCGGCUGGCUUUCAUCCUAUCUACACCACGCAAGACCCCACAAAUAGCCACCGAGCUCCUGUUGUCACUCGGACUAAAUGCUGGCCGCGUUACUUUGUUAUCGACUUUGGUUUGUCGAGGCGAUAUGAUCCCUCUGAAGGGCCACCAGCGGAGCUUACCAUUCGUGGCCUUGACCAGUCACCUCCCGAGCACAACAAACCUCCUUGGGUCUGCAACCCAUUCCCCACCGACAUCUACUUCCUUGGCAACACGUUGAAACACAAGUUUCUUUUUUCUAAAUGGGCGGGCAAACAAUGGGUACCGUUGGUCAGUCUAAUCCCACCCGUCUGUGCCGACCUGUGGCUUAUUAUGGUUCUGCAGCCCUCGCUCCGCUUCCUUGAGCCUCUGAUAAACGACAUGAUCCAGGAAGACCCAGCGAUGCGUCCAACAAUUGGAGAGGUCAUUGAAAGAUUCAACGCGCUAUGCAAUCCAUUGUCCCAAUGGCAUUUGCGACGGCCAGGUCAAACUUAUUCAUUUCAUUGGUACCUAUUGCUCAUGCAGAUUACUCGGACACUCCGACGCGUCCCCCCAGUUCCACCAUAUCGUCCACGGUUAAACUUAAUCCCCCUUAGCCAGUCGUUACGAGACUUCUAUACUCAGACCCCGGUGGUGCCAAUAGAGAAAGAGGCUGAACCAUCCGACGUUACUUUAGACGACUUGUAG